AUGGCUCAGAGGUUUGAUGAGGAAGGUAUUCAGGUUACUUGGGAUCAUUUUCGCGAUGCAUUCUUGGAAAACUAUUUUCUGGAAGAUUUCCAUGGAAAGAAAGAGAUAUCUAAGUGUUUGAAGUUUGUCAAUGGUUUGGGGCCUGAUAUCAAGAAGGUGAUUGGUUAUCAACAGAUUACUCGUUUUGCAGAGUUGGUUAACAAGAGUCGGAUCUAUGAUGAGGAUAUUAGGGAGAGUGGUUCUCACUACAAGGCUAUGAAUGAGAAGAAAGGUCAAUUUUGUGGGAAACCGUAUGAUGGUAAAGGAAAGCAGAAAGCUGGUAAUGGAAAGAAACCGAGUGGGGGAGGAUCUCACACUCCUGUCAAGUACUAUAGGUGUGGUGUUGAGGGACAUCGUAUUUCUGAAUGUCUUCAGUCUGAUGUGACGUGUUUCAAGUGA